UGACCUGAUCAGUCAAAAUAAUAACAAGUUGAACAUUUUCAUCCAUAAUUUUGAAGCGAUUAUUGUGAGUUGAAGCGAUAAAGUGAAUAAGGAUAUAGCUUUACAUUGAGUAUUACAAUGUCUGAUGAAGAGCAAGUUGCAGUCAAAGUGGAGUUCAGAUCAAAAUCGAAAAAACAAUUUCGGAAACGCAUUAAAUCAGAGGACGAUGAAAAACCCAAUAAUGAUACCAUAUCCAAGUUGGAAGAAACCAAGGAGAAGCAGAGAUUGCGUAUUAAGCCCAAUGGGGUUAACAUACUUACGCUGGCUGUCGGCAAGAGAGUUACUGUUGAGGAAGAAGUUACCAAUAAAGAUUUAUUCAAUGCGAAAGCUGGCGGAAUGGUGAAUAUGCAGGCCUUGAAGUCUGGUAAAAUCAAAGCUGUCGACGACGCAUAUGACACGGGAAUUGGUACUCAGUUUUCAGCCGAGACCAACAAGCGAGAUGAAGACGAGGAAAUGAUGAAAUAUAUUGAAGAUCAAUUGAGCAAAAAGAAAGGUGUAGCUAAAGAUCCUACAGGUGAACCCGAGACAGACUCAGCUCACAAAUAUCUCAGUCCGGAAGAAGCAGCUCUUCUGUCACUACCUGCGCAUCUCAGUCAGACGUCUUCGCAAAGAUCGGAGGAGAUGUUGUCCAACCAGAUGUUGAGUGGCAUUCCAGAAGUAGAUCUAGGAAUCGAAGCCAAAAUCAAGAAUAUCGAAGCUACGGAGGAUGCAAAGAUUAAAUUUCUCCAGGAACAGCAGAGAAAGAAAGACCUGCCUUCGCAUUUCGUACCUUCGAACAUGGCUGUGAACUUUAUGCAGCAUAACCGUUUCAAGAUCGAUCAGCCGGUACAGCAAAAACGGAGGUAUGCGGAAGUUCAACAGCAUCGUUCCGGUGACGAGAAAGUCCCGAAGAAGGCAACUGAUGACUAUCAUUUCGAUAAAUUCAAGAAGCAGUACAGACGGCAUUAAAAAUCAUUUUAGGUGUAUUCAUUUUCUGUCUAAUAAAAUGUACCUCCAAUA